AUGGCUGACAUUACUCUUAAUUGUCUCAUCAUCCCUAGUGGUUCGUUAAAUAUUCUUUCACGGCAUAGAGUUGAGUUGAGAAUUACAAUUCCUAGGAAUGCAACAGUUAAUGCUUUUCAGAUUGCGAUUCAAAAUGAGUUGGCGUCUCCAUUUCAAAAUAUCCCUCUUGAUCUUCGACAAAUUUAUUAUCCUGGAAGUGUGGAUGAAAGACGUAUGCAACAACAAGCUUUGAUCUCUGAUUAUUUUAAUGGGAAUCCUCCUGAAGAUUUAUUCCAUAUCAUCGCAUAUCCCAUACCACCUCCACCAAAUAAUUAA